AUGCACGAGCUACCCGAGAAAGUUAUAACUUGCGAUGUGCUGAUUGUCGGUGGCGGUGCAGCUGGUCUGACUGGUGCUGCAGCAGCCGGAGGGCUCAAGACCAUCCUGGUUGAAAGGCAGAAAGCGUUAGGAGGCAAGACAGCUUUGGCAAGCGGAAUGAUCUGGAUGCCGGGAAAUCGGACUGUCAAAUCCUGUCCUAUAUUGAAGCCUCAUCAGCUUACAGGCUACACCUUGCAGGCCAGAGCAUAUGUCGAGAAUGCUGUUGCGAUGUCCGAUGAACACGGCAACGGCGCCUUGCCCACAGCAGCCACGAAACGCAUAGACGCGUUUCUGACCAAAGGGCCCGAGAUGAUUGACUUUCUACGUGCCCGCGGGUUCAGGUGGAUGAAAGCGCGCUCAAGCUUCCCCGAUCAUCAACCCGGGCUGGAUGAGGCACUGUCAGCCGGCGGCCGUACGCUCGAUCCGGCCGUCUUCGACAUAGAAUCCCUAGGUUCACUAGGGGAAUACCUCUCCCAUGAGGGUGAGGUGCCUUUGGUAUUCAGAUUUGAGGACUUUCGUAUAUUGACACGCCCGUUUGCAUCUCUCCAAGAUUUCCUCAAGAUCGGCCGAAUGCGCCUGAGGUCUUUGCUAUGCUCUCUCUACUUCAAACGCCCGGCAUCAAUGGGACGGUCGCUCGUUGGACAACUUUUAUCUAUCUGCAGAGAUAACGGGAGCAUCGACAUAUACACCGAGACGGAGCUUGUUGGACUAUGGCACGAGGGUGGCACGGUCGUUGGCGUCUCGCUGAAGAAAGGAAAGGAGACUUUCAAAGUUCGAGCACUACGCGGCGUGCUUCUGGCCACAGGCGACUUCGACGAGUGCCGGGGAGUUUCGGAUAUUGAAUUUCCAUCAGGCGGCAACGAAGACAACACUACGAAUGAUCCUCAGGACAGCAUUGGACAUGUGGUGGCCCUGUGCCAGAGUAUGGGGGCAGAGGCGUGCGUGACGCGUGAGGUCAGGGGAACCCCGACGAUGAAGGGGCUACGCACGGGCAGAACGACUCACGCGAUAUUUGAGAUCUCCAAGCCAUUCUCCAUCGUCGUCGAUAACCAAGGGAAUCGGUUCUUCGCGGAGUCCAAGCCGCAUGGCGAUGCGGCCAGGUCCAUGCGCGCCAGGGCCGACGCACGUCUAGCCCAGGAUGCGAGGGCUUGGCUAGUUUUGGACCAGAACUAUCGAAAGAGGUAUACGCUGGGUGGUACCCAUCGAUGGACUGACAUUACAAAAGCUCUUAGCGAGGGCAUCCUCCUGGAAGCGGAUACUAUUGGCGCCUUGGCAGACAAGAUGGGCAUCGCAAGGCAAGCGCUCGAAUCCACCAUCCGACGCUGGAACGAAAUGUGCGGCUAUGGAACGGAUAUCCAUCAUAAAAGAGGCGACGAUGACUACCAGAGGUUUAUGGGAGACCCUAGAGUUGCGCCGAAUUCCUGCAUGGGAGCCAUCGAGCGCGCUCCGUUCUAUGCCGUUCGGAUUUCUACCAGCGACGGUGGAAGAAAAAAGAGGCUCUUGACGGAUGAGCACGGCAGGGUUUUGCAGUCUGAUGGGAGGGCCAUCCCGGGUCUCUAUGCUGCGGGGGACACAUCCGCUUGCGUUCUGAGAGCCACAUCUCUCGGUGCUGGCGGAACUCUUGCAUCGACCAUGGUCUUUGCCUACACUGCUGUCCAGCAUAUGUUGUCGCAAUCCCACGGCAGCCCGAUGAGCUUGAACCAAGGGCUUGUAGACGAGAAGACCAUUGACGUGAGCGAACUAGAGCGGAGCAAGCAUUGA